AAGGCUUUCCCUCAAGCAGAGAGGGGGGCCAAUCAGUCAGGUAGCAAGGGAAAUGUCAGCUUAUUUCUGGGGAGGACUCUUGCCAAGAGGGCUCAGUGCCAUGGGGUGCCCAGUGUCUGCAGCAGCCAGUGCUGCCAGUCACCACUUCGCCUUCCACCGGCUCACCCUCCAGGUCAUUCCCACUCUCCCCCACCACGCCAUGGAAAGGAAUUCCAAGUCUGCAGGGGCUGAGGAUUUUUCCCUGAAUCUGUCCAGCAAGCCAGAGAAUGAGAAUGAAGGGAACCAGCUUCACUCAGAGGACCCGGACGAGGACGAGGCCCAGGCCACUGAGCAACGGAGUCUGGCAGCCAAAAUGCAGCAAGUGAAAAAUUACGUGUGGGACCCUGAGAAGAGGGAGUUUUUAGGCCGGUCAGGCAAGAGCUGGAGUCUGAUUUUACUCUUCUACCUUCUCUUCUAUGCCUUCCUGGCUGGGAUGUUCACUCUGUGUAUGUAUACCAUGUUGCUGACCAUCAGCCCUUACAUCCCGAUCUACAGGGAUCGAGUGAGUCCCCCUGGAGUUAUGAUCAGGCCCUACAUAUCCACCUUUGCCUUCAACUUCAACGUAUCGGAACGUAGCACAUGGGUUUCUUACGUGGACAGCUUGCAUCACUUCCUUCAAGCAUACAAUGACAGCAUUCAAGAUGAAAAGAAUAUGAACUGCACUCCCGGGAAGUAUUUCAUCCAGGAGGGAGCAGAGGACAAAGAGAAGAAAGCUUGUCAGUUCAAGCGCUCAUUUCUGGGGAACUGUUCGGGCCUCCAAGAUCCAACGUUUGGCUAUUCCACUGGGCAACCUUGUGUCCUUUUGAAGAUGAACCGGAUUGUAGGCUUUCACCCUGGCAAUGGAGAACCUGUAAAGGUCAACUGCCACGUUCAGAAAGGCAACAAGAGUGAUCUCAAAUCCAUGGGCUUCUAUCCAGAGGCUGGCACGUUUGACCUGAGGUACUACCCCUACUAUGGCAAGCUCACUCAUGUCAACUACACAUCCCCACUGGUGGCCGUGCACUUCACGGAAGUGAAGAAGAAUCGAGCCGUGACUGUGGAGUGUCAGCUGAAGGGCAAAAACAUUCAAAACAACAUCACCAACGACCGGUUCGUGGGCCGGGUGCUCUUCACACUGAAUAUCGGCGGGUAGCUGCUUUGGCUUGGGUCCCUCCCCACUCCCAGCCCCCUGAUGGUUCCCUCACAUGCCACCGAUAGCCACCAACACCCCCCCCCCAUCCUCAUGGAGGACACAGUCACAGAUCACAGCACAGACAGAAAGUGCUCUCCAUCACCUUGGGUUUUGAAAGGUCACCCUGGUGACCCACAAAUGGACUUCCAUUUCCUUUUCUUCCACUUAAUAAAGAAAGAACCACUUGUGCUGUUA